ACUCACACUUAGCUUCAUUCUUCCAUCCAUAAAUAUAUAUAUUUACCUUUGUUAGGAAAACCACAAAAAUGAGAAACAAAGUAACUUCUUUCCUUGUUAUUUUGCUCAUUGUGCUAGUUAUAUUUUCAGAAAUGUCUGUCUUGGAGGCUAGAAAACACCAUGGGAAGAAGGGGAAAAAGCAUCAUAAAGAGCACCACCACAAGAAAAAGAAACAUCCUGGAGAAGAUCCUGGAAAUGGAAGUCCUCCUACUCCUCCUCCAACUAAUGAUCCCUUUCCUACCACCUCCACCAAGAACUUCAACUUACUCUCAUUUGGCGCUGUAGGCGAUGGGGUAUCCGAUGAUUCUGAGGCACUAUUAGCUGCAUGGGAGGCUGCAUGUAUGGUCAAUGGAUCUACAAUAGAGUUUCCUUCCGAAUCAAAGUUUUUAAUUAAGCCCGUAACACUUAAAAAAUGUAACCAUAUCAGUCUUCAGAUCGACGGGACUAUUUUGGCUCCGGCAAAAGUUUGGUCAGGUCCAACAGACGUAAUGUAUCAGUGGAUAAAUCUCAAAUGGGUUCAAAAUUUCACAAUUCGAGGAAGUGGUACAGUUGAUGGCCAAGGUUGUGAGUGGUGGAAUCUUGCUUCCUCUUCUCAUCGUCAUCUUGAUGAACUCGAUUCCAUGAAGAAAUCCAACUCCCGUCCAGAAGCUAUACCCACAGCUUUGAGGUUUUUUGAAAGCUACAAUGUUACAGUUCGUGACAUUACGAUAAAGAAUAGCCCUAAUUGCCAUCUCAAGUUCGACAAAUCUGGAGGAGUGAAGGUCCACGACCUCACGAUUUCAGCCCCAGAAGACAGCAAAAAUACUGAUGGCAUUCACUUGCAGAACACCCAAGAUGUCGAGAUCCACCAUUCUGACAUCGCUUGUGGAGAUGAUUGCGUUUCCAUUCAAACUGGCUGCAGCAACGUUCAUAUACAUGAUAUCAAUUGUGGACCUGGACACGGCAUAAGCUUAGGAGGAUUAGGGAAAGAUGGAAGUGUUGCUUGUGUCUCUAACAUUCUCGUUGAGAAAGUCUCCAUGACCGACACCCUCUAUGGUGCACGGAUCAAGACAUGGCAGGGUGGACUCGGAGCAGUGAAGAAUGUGACAUUUUCCAAUAUUCAAGUGUCGGGUGUUAAAGUCCCGGUAAUAAUAGAUCAGUAUUACUGCGACAAGCAUUCCUGCCAGAAUCAUACCGAAGCUGUGGCGAUCACCGGAGUUACAUUCGACCAGAUCACCGGAACUUAUACCUCUCAACCUCUUCAUUUGGCUUGCAGCAAAUCGGUUCCAUGCAGUGAUGUUACUCUUAGUGACAUUGAUUUGACACCGUCGCCGGGAGUUCUAUCCGGUAAAAUCCGGCAGCCAUUCUGCUGGAAUUCUUUUGGGACGUCGGAGGGACCUCUUGUGCCACAGGGCAUCGAUUAUUGCCUUAAAAAGGGAAGUAGCUCGCUGCAAAAAAUAGCCAAAUCCCACGAUAAAAAUUAUUGCGAGCAAGCUAGCUAGAUAAAAUGUGCAUGGUUUGUUAGUUCGGAUUUUGAAAUUUAGGUUUGUCAUUGCUUCCCCUCAGCAAUAUUUUAAUUUUGAAUAUUGCAAGAUGGUGAUGGUUUAGAUUUUAUUAUGUCGAUAGUUAGUGACCAUGCAUUCUUAUUAUCGUCUUUUGACAUUUCAAUUUGGAAAAUCU